AUGUUCGAAAACAUCUUGCUACACGAUGUCAUGAGGAGCUCCUCUGUUGAGACACAUUCUCACGAUAUAGACACGGUACGGAGCCUUCAGAUGCGUGCCCCUUCUGUCAGCUUGUCGGACCGUGUCCACAUCACCCAUGAAAUGGAUAAUUUUACGAUUUUUUCAAAAGUUACAAACGUCAUGCGUCGUGAUAGAAUCAAGCAAACAAUUCUCCAACUCCCAGGGAUAAUUCCUACGAUAAAGUCUUUUCAUGAGAAUCUGAAGUUCUUAGAAACGGCAGCCAAAAUAAUCAAGAGAGAGAUCUUCGAUAACAAGAUACCUGGCUCGCUAUAUCAAGCUAUGCAAUCUAUAUGGAGAAGUACAAGACGAGCUAUCGUAGAGGUUCAAGAGGGGAACUUUCGAUACGUGCCACUAUCUUCGGAGGAUGGCAUACAGCACAUGGCGUAUGUCCAAGUGUUCUUGUCUGCCUUCAGAAAUUUUCCACAGUUAAGUUAUGACGGCCCACUCAAGGAGAAGGGUGAAGUGAUUGUGCGAGGUAUCCCCAACGCUACUAUCCGAUACCAAUUCCUCAAACGAGCUCAGCUACUAGGCUUCCAAAACGCAGUGAUCUUGAAAAAUCUGGACGCGCUUGAAAAUGCUCUCAAGAACACCACUCCAGAGAUCGCGGUGCCAAUCACACCGGGGAAUGUGCAUCGAGCAAAUCCAAUCAUAGCAACCAGCAGACAGGAUCAUGUCAAUGAUGAGUACAGUUGGCCAAUCGAGCCUCAGCAGCAAGUACUGGUUCCGGCGAGGACUGUAGAAGUCGAGCUCGACCAUCAAUUUAUGAAUACUGUACAAGAGGCAAAUGAUGUCUCACGACACGUUUUCGGCCCCCCUCGAGAAGCAGCGUCGCCGGAGACAACAAUGACUGUACAAACGCAAACAACAUGGCCCGAGGGAGCGAGUAGUCCUUUACAGGGUACGGCCUUUGUGUCUCCUGCCUUGCAGGAUCUAGCGUCUCAGCUUGGGCAAACCGCAGUGCAUGUUGAGCCAGUGGCCGAGGACAUAAACCAUCAGAUUGAUAAUUAUGUUGAAGCUGGAUCAGAACCCGCAGACAGGGUUGAGCUCAUGACACAAGCCGCGGAUCCCUUGAUACUGUAUAGCCAAACCGAUUCUGAUGAUGGGAUGAACAUGGAAGAGAUGAAAGGUGCAAGAGAGAGCGCAGAAUGGCAUUCGGAGUCAACUGCUGCGUCCUCGGAACAGAAUGAUCAAUCUGACAGAUUCUCCGAUAAAAAAAGCAGGAGAUCGUACCUACGACCGCAGAUGAAGCAAGGGACUCCCAGCAAACCUCACAUUACGGGACAUCGAGGCCGUCGGACAUUCCUCGUGCCAGAAAAAAGAAUCUUCUCAGCAUUAGCACAAAAGGAAGCGCCGAAGCCAUUUGCAUCGGCAAUGAUUUGGACCAGGUCCAAUGAAGACCGUAUUGAGGCUAGUUUAAAGACUUCCCAAAGACACCGGUCUUAUCUAGAGCCCCUAAAAGACGACGUCUUUCAAAAUCAGACUCGUCAAGUGGUGCACUUCAUCGAACAUAACGGAAUGAAAGUAUCAAUGAAAUCAACGACAAACAUUGCCGAGUAUUUAGAACAACGUCUAGUCCCUCGAAAUGGCUAA